AUGGAUCGGCAGGCUCAUGACUAUGCAGCUGCUAUGGCAUUUUCCCAACAACAGCAACAAGCUGCUAAUAUCCAACAGCAGCAACAGUUUGGUUUUCAUCCACCACAACAGCAAUUCCCUCCAUCAGUUCCUGGUCCUUUUCUACCCCCACAUCCCUCUCUACAGCAGUUCCCAUUCCAUCGUUCGAUGCAGCAGCCACAACUCCAUCCACUUCCUCCUCCCCAUCCCCACCUUCUUCAUCUCCAGCAGCAACAGCAGCCUCCGCCUGCUUUUCCUCCUCAUUUACCCCCUCACGCUGUUCCUCCACCUUUCCAUGGCCCGUAUGAUUCCACGCCGCCCCCUGCUGCUCCUCCCCAUGAUCCUGAACUUCAAAAGCGUAUUGAUAAACUUGCUGAGUAUGUUGCCAAGAAUGGCCCUGAAUUUGAAGCCAUGGUACGUGAAAAAGAGCAAGACAAUCCUGGGUAUGGUUUCCUCUUUGGUGGUGACGGGCAUAAUUACUACCGCUACAAGCUUUGGUUAUGUACACGCGCCCCUGGUGGCUCCUUCAAUCCUGCUUUCCCCUCCUCUUCAAUACCUUUGAUGCAUCAUCCUCCCAAUCCUAUGAUAAAUCCAUCACCUCUAAAUGCUUCUCAGUUGAGUUCCUCUGCUGCUGCUGUGAUGGGUUCACCUCAAAUGCAAACUCCUUUUCCAUCGUUCUAUGAGCCACAACCCCAUCUGCAUUCUCAGCCUUUUGCUAGUCAUGGUCGACCAGACUUUGACCAGUCAACCAGGUCUUUCAAAGGUCUGUCUAGGCCACUGCCUUCUGAUGUUGCGAUGGAGCUAAAUGAUGUGCUCAACAAUCUUACUGGUACCAAAGAGUCAAUCAAAGGUGCCAAAAUUUGGUUCAUGCAGAGGUCCCCAUUUGCACCAGCUCUGGCUGAGGAGCUCAGAGACAGGGUGUUUGCUCUGGAUGAUUCCGAGAGACAAUUGCAUAUAAUUUACCUGGCCAAUGACAUUCUAUUUGACAGCUUGCAAAGACGGAUCAACCCUCAUGACCUAGAUAACGAGGCACUUGCUUUUAAGCCUGUAAUAGGUUCCAUGCUUUCGAGGAUUUACCACAACCCUCAAAAUAAGGAGGAAAAUCAGUCACGAUUACAAAAGAUUUUGCAGUUUUGGGCCUCUAAGGAAGUUUUUGAUCAAGAUACUAUUCUUGGGCUUGAGAAUGAGAUGAUGGGGGGAUCAACAACAAACUUAUAUCUUGUGCCUCCAAGGGACUUAUCUGCUGUUUCAGCAGAUCAUUUGACCAUUUCAGGACCAUCACCCCAGUUGACAAACCAUAAUACUUUACAGUGGCAGCCUCAUAAGCUAAGUUUGGUGCCAAACUUACCAGAUCUAGAACAUCCUGAUAAACAAGUUUCUCCCCUAUCAGCCAUGCCACCAUCAGUAGCAACACAACAAUUUCUUCCUAAUUCAGUUCCUUCUGGUAGUUUUGUUGGGUCCUUGCCAAUCCCAUCUUCCGGUCAACAAGCAAAUCAACAACCUGCGUCCCAUAUAUUGCCAGGACCGACUGCUAAUGUUGGUGAAAAAUUACCUCCAUAUCCUUUGUUUCCACCUGGUCUUAUUCCUGGAAUGGUCAGAAAAAUGCAGAUCGGUAGUGGGGUGCCUUACUCUCCCAUGAGCCCUUUGGAUAUCCCUACUGUAAUACCACCCUCCAAUGUAUCUCCAUCUGAAAUUCUCGAGAGAGUGUCAAAAUUCUUUAAAGAGAUUGGAGAGGUUAACCCUUCUGAAGGACCCAUGAAACCUUCCGAAUCAAUCGAUGAAGAUGAUGAGUAUGAGAGAGAGCCUCCCAUUCGCAAGGGAGGAGCUUGCAUACCUCCACCGCCUAAUUUACAAGUGGACCCUGAGACAGGAACUUUUGCUGAUGGAAGUGUAGAACGAAAGCCUGGAUCAAGUAGCUCAGGACGGUUGGGACUUGGGGCCACAGCUAAUCCAAAUGAGGCCAGUCAAUAUGAUGAUGUUUAUUCUUCUUAUAGGAAACAGAGAAGUACCAAUUACCAUACGUCUAUGAGUGCAAGAGCUGCUGCUACAAGGUAA